CAGCCCCUCCCUUCUGGUGUUCAGUUAAGAUCAGUUAGAGAGACCAACUGUCAUUCUUGCCUCAUUAAGUCGUUUUAAUUUCUCUCGGAUGGUGUGUUACAAUUUUCUUUAUUAUUAAAGAUUUGUUUGACAUGCUUACUUUGCUGAAAGAAAAGAAACUCGGCUGAGGAAAGGUAUGGAAUGUCCUAAACUGGGUGAGUGAGGGGAUAUUCCCAGUUUGCCAGGAGGAUUGGUUUUGUUAAUCACCCCACCCUCCACAACAAUAGGGUUAUGGGCCCAGUCUGAAAAGAGAGAAAAACCAUGACCAUGUAUAUAAAAGCUGUGAAAGCCCUAGAGCCUUCUGUGCCUGUUCUCACUUCAAGUAACCAUCCUUUAUAGAAAUUUCAAAUGGAGAAAUUUCAAAUGGAGAAUGAGCUAGUGAAGAAGUUGUGGGAAACAAUUAAAAAAUCUGCAGCAGCAGAAGAGGCAGAAAAAGUAUAGUGGGAAAAGCAGGACAGUAAUUUCAACUCAUGUGAGUGACAGUGACUUACACCACAUAAGCGAUUUUAAGACUGCCAUGGAGUUGUGGCAAGGUCUGAAAGAAUUGUAUGAGAGGAACACUCUGAAUGAGAGACUGUAUUUAUCAAGAAAGCUGUUUAGUUUUAAAUUGGGGGGAAAAUGGAGAUUUAGAAAAGCAUCAAAGUCAAGUGACAAAGUUGAUGGAUCAUUUAAAUACUAUAGGCAAGAAACUUGAAGAAGAGGAAAAAGUGAUUUUAAUUCUGUCAAGUCUGCCUGAAAGUUACAAUUCUUUGAUACAUGCACUAGACUAGAGUCUAAAUAUAAACUUGAUAUGAAAAUGUUGUAUCAAGACUUAAAGUGGAGGCUGCUAGGAGAGUAGAGAAGGCAGCAGAGGGUGAAACACAAAUAUUUGUUAUACGAAAGACUGGUAAGUAUAAUUUUAAAAAUAAAACUGUUUUUCAAGGUACAAACAAAAGAGACAAAACUAGAUGCUUUUUGUGUGGGUAAAUAGGACAUUUUGCAAGGUAUUGUACAAAACAAAUUGGCACAAAUAAAGAAAAGUUCCAAGGUGGUGGCUGAAAGCAAACUAAAAAUGCCUUUGCAGUUCAUCAGAUCUAGCAAAAACUGAUGCUAUUAACAGUAAUUCUUCUAGUUGGUUAGUUGAUUCAGGAGCAUCAGCACACUUGUCUGGUUAUGCUGAUUUUUUCAGAGACUUAAAUGAAAGCUCAUCAGACACAGGUUACAAUUGCAAAUGGCCACAAAAUAUCUGCAAGGAAAAGAAGCAGGUUUGCUCAAGUGUGUUGCAAGCAGAAAAACUAUUCAUAACGAAGUGAGAAAUGUAGUUUACUUGCCAGAAUUAACAGAAAGUUUGCUGAGUGUGUCAACUCUGACCAAGCAUGCUUUUAAUGUAAAUUUUAAUCAUAACAGAUGUGUAAUUGCCAAAGAUGGAGUUUUUUAUGCACAAGGUAUUGAAAAUAAUGGAGUCUUUGUGCUGGAUACAGAUCAAGAAAGAGUGAAUAUGGUCAAGAAGAAUUCAAGUGCAAGCUGUAUCCAUCUGUGGCCCAAAAGGCUCUGACACAGAGACUUCAGGAUUAUAGCAGACCAGCUCCAAAAGAAGCAGGCAUAGCGUAUCACUCAGGCUUCCCUUUUAAGUUGAUAGUCCAGCACAAAGGCAGAACAUGGGUUGUGAGUGAUAACCAACAGGCUGCCAACAUGCCCCAAGCAGCAGAUGACUCUCCCCAGUGCGUCUCCCCAGCUCAAAAGAGCUGGACAACCAAAAAAGGCAUAAAGAAAUAAGGCAACUCCAAAGAGAAAGUAAGAAAUGGUUAUAUUUUAUUUCCUUAUGUUUGAAAAGGAUCUGAACUCUAACAAGUGCAACAGUAAGUUGGAAAAACCUUUGUCCGAGGGUGGGAGGAGAGAACAUGGAGAUUAGCCACAACCCCUUCCUGCCACCCUAGUCAAUCCUGGGUUCUACGGGAGGGAUCUCCACCAUUCUCAUGUUCCUGCUGGCUCACCGUAGGAUUUUUGUACAGUGGUACCUUGGUUUACUACCAUAAUUUGUUCUGGAGGUCUGGUUGUAAACCAAAACAGGUUGUAACCCAAGGCGCACUUUCGCCAAUGGGGCCUUCCCACCAAAAUUGGUUGUAAUCCCCCCAAAAUGGGUUGUAAUCCAAAAAAAAGGGACACACACUUCCAGGUUUGACGUAGUUGUAAUCCAAAACAGUUGUAAUCCAAAGCGGUUGCAAACCAAGGAACCACUUCACAUAGUUUUCAGUUUAGGUUGUUUGAUUUUCAAGAUAGAAGUCCAGCAGAUAGUCCAGUGUUUAACAAAAGCCUCAAUGAAGGCCCAAGUUUGCAAGCCGGGAAGGCUGUUCCAGGCUUUGUCACAGUUGCAAAACAGUUUGCUGAUCUCCCAGCACAGACAUUACAAGUAUCCAGACCUGCCUACAAAUCCUCCCAUUCAGUGUUAAAGGCCUGGGCUCAGCAGUAAAAAGAGCUUGAACUGACAUAGAGAGCAUCCAGACAUAAUUAUAUUGCAGGAAACCCAUCAAAGUAAAUGCUCCAAAUCACCAUUACUAAAGGGUCAAUGGCUCAGUGAGCCCUUGCCUCUUCCAAAAGUAGGAGCAAGGCUAUCCCCUUCUCCAAGUAUUGCCCAUUUUGGAUGAGAGACUUAAUAGCAGACCCAAAUGGCGGAUUUAUUUUUGUUAGAGGCUCACUUGGUACUAUGAAUCUUACUCUGGCCUACACAUAAGCACCAAAUUCUGACCAACAGGCUUUUCUUAAGAACACUUUGCAAAGAAGGCUCAAUUAUAAUUGGAGGGGACUUUAACUGCUGCCCUAAUGACUCCAUAGAUUGCAGCUCUUUCUGUUCUUCAAGAAGCAGUCAGGACAACUGAUUGCAGAGCAUGAUUGGCCACUGGGGCCUAGCAGACACUUAAAUCCUACAGCACGUGAAUUCUCACGUUUCUCUCACCGAUUCAAAACAUGGUCCAGGAUUGAUCUAUUAGUAGCUCAAGAUAUUAUGCAAAAUGUGAUUAGAGCUAAUAUUGGUGUCUUAACUCUGUCGGAACAUGGCCCUGUCUCAUUUUUUUUAGUUUUGAUAUACGCCCUCCAAGGUCCCCAAAAUGGUAUUUUGAUGCAAGCUUAAUCACUGAUAAGAUAUCUAAAGAACGUUUAUUAAAAGCACUAGAAUAUUAUUUUAAGGAAAAUAAUUUACCACUACUGUACUGUGGGACAUGAGAAAAACAGUCUUAAAGAGGCACUGCAUUAGUGAAGCCUCAAGAAGGAAAAAGGUAUAUGAAUCUGAAAUCAGUACUCUUACUGCUAGGAUUAAAAUAUGGGAAAAGGAGUCACAGACCUCAAAAUCCAAAAAAUUAAGUCAGGCCCUGAAAAAAACUUGCUCUGAAUUACAACCCAUUGAGUCUUAAUGCAUACAUAAAGCAAUGGCAGGAGUCAGGAGUGUUUAUUAUGAAUUUGGUAACAAAACUUGUCAUCUAUUAGCUCAUGCAGUCAAAAAGUGUAAAUUAAAAAAUCAGAUUACUGGCAUGCAUGAUGCCCAACAACGAUUAUGUAAUGAUACUUUGAUAAUUGAUGAAAUCUUCUGAAAAUAUUAUACUUCUCUGACAAUCCUUCACAAUCCUCUAUAGAAGAAGAGGAGUUUGGACUUGAGAUCCCAUCUUUCACUCCCCUUAAGGAGUCUCAAAGCGGCUAACAUUCUAUCUCUUCCUCCCCCACAACAAACACUCUGUGAGGUGAGUGAGGCUGAGAGACUUCAGAGAAGUGUGACUAGCCCAAGGUCACCCAGCAGCUGCAUGCGGAUGAGCGGGGAAUCGAAUGUGGUUCACCAGAUUACGAGUCCACUGCUCUUAACCACUACACACUCUCUCAAGUGUGCCUUAAACCAUUGUCUGAGGAGCACAGGGAUCAACUGAAUCAUCGAAUAUCCCAAGAGAAUGUAUAGGAUGCAAUAAAAAGAUUAAAAUUGGGCAAAUCACCAGGGCCAGAUGGCUUCUCAGAAAAAUACUACAAGGCAAUGUCUCCCAAUUAGCUAAUUACUGAGGACCUCCCUCCCCAUUUCUCAAAAGCGAAGCCAUGGACCCCUUACUUUUGAAAUUUUUGAUAACUCUGUGGUAGUUACCUCUGCAUAGCAGUUUUUUGAACAGAAUGUGAGGUAGCGCCUAAUAAGCAAAUGAUUUUAGAUAUACCAAAAAAAAAAACAAAAACCAGACAAUAACAUUUGUGAUAUUACUAUGCAAAAAUGACAAAAUUUUAAUUGGGGGGAGCCAAGGUAUGGAGCUACAGACCCCCUGGGUGGAUUCUGCGGAUUCCCUAGGGGUCCCUGGACCCCUAAUGGGGAACCACCGCUAUAAGGUAUUCAGAAUGGAACUCUCACCCUGGUUAACUAGUCUAUUUAAUUCAAUUUUAGAAGAAGGGGAAAUUCCCAAAACAUGGUGAACUUUAAAACUGACCUUAUUUCUGCAACCAGGGAAAGAUGCCACAAAGGUGGACUCGUAUCGACCUCUUGCUCUUAUUAAUGUUGAGGCAAAACCUUUCAUGGCAGUAAUGGUCAAAAGGAUUAAUAUUUUUGUUGGACAAUAUAUUUCAACUGACCAAACAGGUUUCAUGAAAAUAUUUUGGAUUCAGUGAGACAAAUUCUUAAUGUAAAUCAUGAGCUCCACACACAAAACUCCCCUGGUGCUUUAAUUUCUCUGGGUGCCUUCAAGGCCUUUGACAGAAUUCAGUGGCCAUUUUAAAAAUCUUUAAUAGCUAAAUUACAAUUUGGUAAGCAAUUCCUUCAUACCAUUAAUCAAAUUUACUCACAGUCUAAUGCCAUCAUUACAUUAAAUGGGUAUAUCACCAAACCCAUACACCUCAAUAGGGGCACCCGUCAAGGCUGCCUGCUGUCGCCACUGCUUUUUGCAGUGUGAUAGAGGUGCUUGCCAUUCAAUUGUGGGUAGAUGCAACACUUGAAGGUGUGAAAAUUAGAAAUAUUGAGCAGAAAAUAAAUAGGUUUGCUGAUGACACUCUAGUUAUUCUCCGAGACCCUCUUAAUGCACUCCAACCACUCAAAAAACAAUUGAAUGCAUUUCAUGCAGUUGCAGGACUGGAGAUAAAUUAUGCAAAAUCUGCUGUUCUUCCAAUUAACCUACCCACAAUGAUUCAUGAGUAACUAAUACCACAACCAGAAUUUAGCAUUGCUCAUGGUGGGUUUAGAUAUAUUGGCAUCAAUUUAACACCAGAUCUUAAGCAGCUUAUUCGCAGAAACUAUAAAAAAAACCUGCUCAAAGAUAUUUCCCAAGAAUUGGUGAGAUGGAAACAUUUAAAUCUCAGUUGGCUUGGCAAGAUAGCUGUGAUUAAAAUAUCUAUUCUUCCAAAUGUUUCAUAUUCUUUUCAGGUUUUGCCCACCCGUAUUCCCUCAUCUCGGCUUAAAGAAUCACAACGAAAGCUAACUUUCUUUGUUUCAUCUGGGAAAAGAUAUAGAUUAUUUAGGCAUAGAUCUAAGGGAGGUCUCAGAAUGCCAAAUUUAGGACUCUUAUUCUGCAGCAUUUCAGAUUAAAUCUCUGAUCCCCUUGAUUAGGGGACAAUAUGACAUUCCAUGGGUGCAGAUCAAGGCCCCUCUCUCUUCACUGUCUGUAAGGACAUUUCCUUUCCUAAAACUAUCCCAGACUGAGUUGGAAAAGUUUCAAAACCUGUUUUUAAAGGCAGUGCUUAUGACGUGGAGCUAUUGAGACUGAGUUCUGGUUCCCAAACCCUCACCAUUGACUCCACUGUUGAACCUUCUAUUAUUCCGACAGGAGGAUAAAUAUGGACAAUUUUAAAAAAUUGAGGAGAAAGGCAUCAAUUAGGUAAGAGAGCUUAUGCCUAGAGACAAAGCAAUUUCUAAGCAUGAGCUCACGGAGAAACUGGAUGAUGCCUAGUUAACCUGGUUUCAAUCUAUUCAAUUGUGCACAUUUGCAAGAUACUUGGAAUGCAAGGGGGAGGGGCUUCAUUCUCUUAUGUCAUUUGAGUCUCUCUGUAACAAAUCAAGAUAUGAAAUAAAAUGAGCUGCAUUUUUCAUUUAUAGCAGGCACAUCCAACCUCAAAUAAGCUGCGAUCUACCAACAAGUAUCAAAAACUGGCAGUGAUCUACCACUCUCCGAAGUCAUUAAGUAACUAAACAAGUGAGAAAAGUCAAACUAUAUUUUUAUAUUAGUUUGCACAGAUCUGAGGAGUCAGCUUCUCUCUCUCUCUCUCUCUCUCACACACACACACACACACAACAUCCUCACUCUCUCCCUCCACCUCAGUCUUUCUGCUUCUGGGGCUUUUGGUUUCAAGUCCAAUCAUGUUAUCACCCCCACCCCUAAGUCAGUACCCUUUGGGAACACCCCCCCCACACAUCCCAGCUCUGCCUUAGGGCCCCGCGUCCCCCUCAUCCCACUGCUGGUGCUCUAACCUCCCCCCCCACACACACACAGAAUGCAGGGCAGAGCAGGUGUCGGGGAAGAAAGGCAAGUCAACUUCCUCGGCUGGAGGAAGAGGAGGAGGAGGAGCUCAGGCUUGCAUGAGAGUGGACUGGCAGCAGCAGCAUGAGCUGCUGUGUCCCAGGCUGCAGAGAAAGGCUUUUCUUUCUCAGCCUGCGAUCGACGAAAAUCAGUCAGUGAUCCCCAAGUCGAUUGCUAUCGACAUGUUGGACAUGCCUUAUUUAUAGCAUUCUUUUAGAACAAUAUGCAGGUGAUAUAGGAGGCCUCCAUACAGUAUGGGGAAAAGACUAAGGGAUCAUAACUGCAGAUAAUAAAUGGCAAUCAAUUUGACACAACCCAUCCCUAUGAACCAUCUCUGCUCAUUGGCAGGAGACUUCUCUUAAAAAUAUAUUUCACUGGCACUAGACUGCAUCAUGUCUAGCCAACAUAAACACUAGCAUCUCUCCCCUAUGCUGGAAAGGCUGGAAAGGGAGUUAGACUCAUAUUUUCAUGCAUGGUAGAGUUGCACAGUGAUAUACUUUUGGAAAAAGGUGUUUCAUAUUAUUUCCAGCAAUUUCUUUCACCCAAUUCGGCUCUUGCCUUGUGAUCACUUGACUCAAAUUUAAACAGUAACCUUAAAUGCAGAGAUUUGGUAUUUUUUAUUAUUAACAGCAGCCUGAUUAACCAUAGCCCGAUACUGGAAACAACCUAUAGAAAUCCCCAUAGAAAUCUGGGUAAAUAAUAUUUGGAGUGUGGCUCUAUCAGAAUGCCUUACUUGCCACAGAAGGGUAAUUAAAGGCACUUCAAGAAUAGACACUUUUGGCGAGACUAGGCUUCCAUUCUUUUCCUUUAUAAAUGUGACAGAAUAUACUUUUAUUCUACCCACAACACAAGAAUCUCUGUGGAGAGAAUACUUGAAUUGAUAUUGCAUAAAUAAACAUAUUUCUUGUGUACUGUGUACUGCAUGUGAAACUUAAUGCACCUCUGCAUUAUAUCUUGUUUUUAUAUUUGCAUGAAAACCAAAAUUAUUUGGAAAAGGGGUUCCCUGCUGACGUCACGAUUCAUGGCGCUAGGUUCAGGCAGGAGAAAGCUAGGAUUUAUGAGGUAAAAUUCCUGGCAAUGCUCCCCAGUGGGUUCUGGGAAGUUCACUGCAUCCCACUGUGCUGCUUAAGCCCAUGUCUGUCAAUUUGAAAGGCAGAGCAGGUGCGACCUGGGAAUGUGUCCCUGCAAUGGAUGAACCUCCCUCACUGGCAUGAUUUGUGAUCUGUUCCUCACUAAUUUAGAAUGUUGGUGUUAAUCAUGAGGCGCUCCUGAAACGACAUAUGAUAACAGGCUGCAAUCAAUCAGUUGCUGAAAGGACUGGGUUUGGCUCUUUGAAGGUAUUUGAAUGAUUUUCUGAAGCUUGAAAAUCCUUACAACAGCCAGGAAAUAAGGGGGAGGACAAGGUGCUUUGUGCUUUCAUAUGGUUUCCAAAGGUUCUUUUCCCACCCUUGUCCUCUCCUGCAAAAUGAAAGAGACAUGUGUAGCCAUGGCUUUGUUAUUCUGUCUGCUACCGAGAAAAAGAGUGGGGAGGCUUUUGAUUUAUGCUCAACAAGGAAUUUAACAAGGUUUUAUUAUGCCCCCCCCCCCCCCCCGACCGAGAUUGAAUGGACUUUAUUUAAAAUUAUCUUUGGACUGGACCAGAAGUGUGAGGGAGCAAUGCAGAGUAAGAUGAACGGCUGCUAAUUAAAUCUGGCAAGAGGCUGUAUUUGAGAAAACGACAUUGUCUUUACCUUUGUGCUGAGGAAGAACUCCAGAGUGGAAUUUUAAUGGCGGAGAUUGGACAUGUUAUCUGGGAGUUAUUUAUAGCUGCAUCCUGUACACAAGCUGGUGAACAGCAGAAGGAAUGGAAUGUGAAUUGAUCUUGCAAGCACUGCAGGGAACUAAACAAAAGAAGAUAGCAAUUAACUCCCUCAAUACACCAGAUCUGAGGACAACAUUUAUGAAGGACUACAAACAUGAAAUUAUUAUUAUUAUGAAUAAUCAAAUUUAUACCCAGGGGUCUCAGGGUAGUUCACAGAAUAAAUGGAUUUUAUAUUUAUAAGAAUUGACAGAGGUAUGUAAGGACAGAAUAAUAGUCAGCUGCGAGGAUCGACUAACAUCAAUUGAAGGAUCAAGUGGAUAUUAAAGAAGAGAUGAAGCAGCUACAGGAGGAAGUGAUGGACAUAUGUUUGCAACAGGAGCAGGAAACCUGAUUAUUAUUUUUUAAAAGAAAUUGUAUUAAAGUAAUUUGGUCUGAUCUGUAAUAAUUCGGAAAACGAAU